GAGCAAACGUCAGAAAACAGCUGUUCGCGCGCUUACCGCGAGGCCAUCCGUCCACUUGCGCCAACGAAACCCAAAUAAUGAAUCAACCCAAAUCAAGCGAGCAAGAUAUCCAGAGUUUUGGAGUGACUAAUUAAAAAGAAAAGUGCUACGCACAACUAGAACAGCGUAGAAUUCAACAUACAGUGCAAGUGCGUGAAUAUGGACGCGUAACACUCAAUUCGCACGCGGGAUCAAAGUCGGCUGGCGCGAUGCGAGCAACAGUAAUAGUGACAUUUUCCUCGUAGUUUCGUUUGCUUCCAACAAAAAUUACCGUACGCGAUGUUCCGCAGCCGCAGCUGGUUCGGUGGUGGCUGGGGCCGCCCGAAGAAUCCGCACUCCCCGGAGCAUCUGAAGUACCUCUACAAUGUGCUGGUGAAGAACCACACUGUGUCUGAGUACAACAGGGGCCUGCUGGUGGAGUCCUUGCGCUCAAUCGCCGAGAUCCUUAUUUGGGGCGAUCAGAAUGAUUCAUCUGUAUUUGAUUUCUUUUUGGAAAAGAACAUGCUGUCGUUUUUCCUGCGCAUCAUGCGACAGCGUAGCGGCGGCUCAAGUUUUGUCUGUGUGCAGCUUCUUCAGACUCUGAACAUUCUCUUCGAAAAUAUUCGAAACGAAACCUCACUUUAUUAUUUAUUAUCAAACAAUCACGUCAACUCAAUCAUCGUCCAUAAGUUUGACUUCUCCGACGAGGAAGUGAUGGCUUAUUACAUCUCCUUCCUGAAGACGCUCAGCCUAAAACUGAACGCGCACACGAUUCAUUUCUUUUACAACGAGCACACGAAUGAUUUCCCGCUGUACACCGAAGCGAUAAAGUUCUUCAACCAUCCGGAGUCGAUGGUACGCAUUGCUGUGCGGACUCUUACGCUUAACGUCUACAAAGUGGAAGAUGCCAGCAUGCUGGCGUUCAUUCGUGACCGUACAGCAGCUCCGUACUUCUCCAACAUAGUUUAUUUCAUCGGCAAACACAUUCAGGAGUUGGAUGCGUGCGUGCGCAAUGACGCAGAUCAUCAAUCACAAAAUCGUUUGUCUGACUUGGUGGCUGAACACUUGGACCACCUGCACUACCUCAACGACAUCUUGUGUCUGAAUAUAACCGACCUGAACCAGGUGCUCACCGAUCACCUCCUGCAUAAACUGCUCAUCCCGCUGUACAUCUACUCACUAUCACCGCAACACAAACGCGAUACGCCUAGUUCCACGUCGUCAUCGAGCAGUACACCGCCUUCGACUUCUUCAGGGGUACCUGGUGAACUCAACGCGAAGGUGUCCAGCGUUGUGGCGCUGUUUCUGCUCUCGCAGGUGUUUCUGAUCAUUUCCCACCCGCCACUUAUUCGUACACUAGCCUGGAUUAUACUCAAAACAGACAAGGUUUUAGUCACGAAAGGUGUGGAUAAAUUACUAGAACAAUGUGAAGAGGAUGCCAAAGACACGCCGACAGGUGGCGUUAGUAGUACACCCAGGACAGAAAAAGAAGAGUCUGAAAAGGAUGAAGAAGAAGAGUUGAGUGAACCGGAUGUUACGAAUGUGACAGAUGAAGAGAAGGAAAAAAUGGCGACGCCUGUGCCUGUACAAACAGAAGCGGCAGCUAUGGCAGAGAAACCUUUUUUGGAAGCGGUGUUAAAUGCACUCGAUUGCAACGAGAAUGAUUAUGCAGCCCUCUUUGCAUUUAGCCUACUCUAUGCUAUGGCGAAUAAUAAAGGUGUGACACCAGAUUUGAUCGAACUGAUCCUCCGGCCGAAGAAAUCAGUCAUCGCUGCGUCUAAUUCAUCCGCAGGCGCAGGCGGCAGCACAAAAGACGUAAAAUAUGCGUAUAACAACUUACUGGUAGAUCGAAUCCUGCAUGUGAUGAUGCAGAGCUGCCAACCGCAAUGUCGCGUACGCCUGGUGACACUCGAGCUGUGCUUGAAGCUGCUGGGUCAGCUGGUCACCUGCGACGGGCGCAACAUUCUCAGCGAACCGCACCGCGCCUCGGUGGAGUCGGCAAAGGCGCAGAGCACCGGCCAGGUGCGCAACUUCUACAAAUCGGAGGAAAUUUUCCUCGACAUGUUCGAGCAUGAAUAUUGCGACAUGUCGAAAGGAUCACUGAACGUUGAAUGGCUGUGCAUGGACAGCGCCAUUUUGUUGCCGCCCACGGGCACGCCCCUUACAGGCAUCGACUUUACGAAACGCCUGCCAUGUGGUGAAGUGGAGCGCGCGAAGCGUGCAAUUCGCGUGUUUUUCCUCGUGCGUGAUCUUGUCCUGCAGCUGAAUGGCGAAGUGGAAACGCAGCUACCGCUCACGAAUCCGCACGUCUGCGUGCAGAUCGACCAGGCGCUGGACCUGAGUAUUGCUCGUUACAACUCUGACCUCAUCGCAUGCACGCUGUCGAUGAAAGACGGCAUGAAACUGCGCCGGUUUCUCGUGAUAGACAUCCUGCAGUUGAUUCUUGUCGAACCGGACACGAAGCGCCUCGGGUGGGGUGUAGCCAAACUAGUCGGUUUCCUGCAGGAUAUCGAAGUGAGCGGCGAUAAAGACGAUUCGCGUUGUUUGCAUAUCACUAUUCACGGCCAUCUUACACGAACAGCCGGACGUGCAGCGCCAUUAUUAUCGGCAAAGUUUGUGUUUGAUGAUAAUAUACGCUGCAUGGCGGCGAAGCAGCGUUUGACUAAGGGGCGAAUCAAAGCGCGUCAGAAGAAAAUGCAACAAAUUGCGCGUCUGCUUGAUAUUCCGGGUCAAACCGGCCCGCCUAGCCCCGCUUAUGUGGGUUCGUAUAGAGGCGCUGCCUCCGCGUCCGCCUCUAGAGACUCUCGACCCUUGUUCACAUCAGGGCGUGUUCCUGGUUUCGCCGCGCCCCGUAGAGAACACGGAGUUGUCCAUCGUGCGGAUGAACGACGCCGACGUGAGAGCGAUAGUCCCAGUCGCAUUGCAAUGACGAAUUCUAAAAAGGAAAACAAUGGCGUUACUCGAGCACGAUCACGAGAGCCAUCUGGAAGUAGAAAAUCACGAGAGGGUAGUCCGCGCAUGCCCCGCCCUCGUUCCGAGGAAAUCCCCCUGGAGUUAAUCAAGCGUGCGCCUGCCUCCGGUAUUCUGGACAUGUCACCGAAAGUCACAAUGCCACGCCCACCACGCGCAGAAACACCGAAGUUGGAGGCGACGCGCAGCGAUGACAGCGCAUUGAAUGCAGAAACGCCCCCGAAGACUGGGCAAAAAGAUGUGGAUGUUGUUUCGAUCACUAGUGAAGAAACAUCGUUCACAUUUCCUGAUACACACGGCCAAACUACCACGACGAUGACGACGACGACGCGAGCGAUCACCAGCGUGCAGGAGGAGACGCCCAGUCGCCGCAGCAGUGCCAAAGGCACCAUUGAGACAGUUUAACGACGCUAUCAUUGAAUAAAUAAAUAAAAAUUUG